AUGUAUGUGCGCGAGAUGACCGUUGAGCCGUACCAGGACGAGAGCAAGGAGAAGGAGGCGAAUGAAGAGAAUACGGAAAGUGAGAAUCCCUUCAGAGGUCUGAAGGUGGCCCUGAGUCUGGGUUCCUUCCUGGGCUCAUUCCCCUUCUCCGUCACGGGUCCCGGCGUCACCAUCGCCUUCUCUUGGCGCUCUAUCCCUCUCCUUUGGACCUCUUUUCUCUUCGUUCUCUACGCCAUCGAUGCUGUCGUCUUCUUCCUUGGGCUCGCCCGCAAGAUGAUCCUGUUUUUCCUUCCAAUGCCAGACUUGUCCCGAGGCAUGCAAGCCAAGACAGACGACUUGGAAGCGCAGGGAAACUCCGGGAUUUCGGCCGAGAUCAUCGCGAUCCAACGCGUCACGCAGCGGCUGUUCUACCUGACGGUGAUCGCGAGCGCGAUGGCCCACAGGGAAGCCCUGGCCAGGGCCAUCACCUCCGUGAGUCAACUGGCCCGCACCGACCUCACGCUCCAACGCGACCUCCUCUGCGGCUAUUUCACCAUCCAGACCACCCUCCUUUCCACGUUCUUCGCCCUGAACCGCUCGCUCUUCCGAGCCAUGUCCUGGAGCCAGUGGAUCUUGUUCAUCAUCCACAAGAUGGUGACCACCAACGCCCUCGCCUUCUACGCCCCGCUCUACGCACUGCACGCUCGCGUCCUAGCCAGGAGCCUCUUCGACCUCAAGUUGGAUCUCGAGGGCUACCGAGUGAAUUGCUUCCUCGCUCGUGCCCGUUACCGAGAGAUUCGCGACGCUGUCCGGUCUCUCAACGAGGGCUUCGGCCUCGUGAUCAUCAUGCUUCACGGCUACAUCGCCUAUACCCUCGUGGAGCAGCUUUACCUCAUGGCCUCUCUCGCGGACAAUUCCGAAUCGAUCAACAUGGCGCCUAAGCUGGGGUCGGCCUUGACCAGCGCCUCGAGGAUCGCGGUCGACAUCGCCAUCCUCCUCAUCAUCAACUGGCCUGCUCAGCGAUUCCUCGAUCGGGACAUGGAGCUGAGAGAACGUGUGACCGACAUGGAGAGCUACGAAGACACUGGCACUCACAAGCGGGAAUCCUCGGCCUGGACGUCAACCUUCAAGUUUCAGAGCGGAGGCCUGGGCUCGAUCGAGAAGAAUCAGCAGAUGGUGCUGACGGCAGCCGGCUACCUCAACCUGGGCAAGCGUCUCAUCAUGAAGGCAUUUGGCACGGUGGUGUCGUACACGGUCCUUCUGGUCCAGUUCCGUCAGGCCGAGAUCGUCCGUGGAGCUGUUCAGCCCUGCAAUCGCUGA